GUAUCCUAUGUAUACCUAACUAAUAACUACCUACCUGUACCUUAUAUAUGGUGUUGGGUAUUGUGAAAAUUAAGUAGUACUUCAAUGCUCAGAAAUGAUUGAAAAUGUCAUUAUUUUAUUUGUCUCAUUGAUAAUAAAAAAUGACUACAAAAUUGAUUACAAUAUUAUAAAACCGAUUUUCAAUACCUAUCUUGAGAAUUCUCAAUCAAUUAUUCGAGAUCUUGAUGCAAGAUUUUUCGUGACAUCCUCAUCCACCUCUUCUAAUGUGACAAAUAAGUAUGUAAUUAAUUGUAUACGAGUAGAUACAUUGUACUAUAAGCGCACAUUUCUACAGCCUUGAACUGACGCACGAACUGGUUCGAAACAAUUAACAUUUUUUUACUUAUCGUGAAAAAAGAAGAAAUAAAAUUUGCCGUAUGCUCGUAUCAUUAUUUUUAAUCGACGAUGAGAAAAUUUUUAUCUCUUAAUUAAAUUACUUAUUGGUAAAUUUUACGCUUAUUAACUGACAAAGGGUUCAAACACUUGCGCUGUCAUUAUUGAUUGAAAAUUUUUUCUUUCAUUCGUACGUACUCACCUAUACGUGUUUUUUUUUUUUUUUUUUUUUUUUUUUUGAAAAUUAUGAUACAUUGGAGAUUUUAUUCUCUCUUCAAUUCAGUUGGUAAAAAGUUAUCGAGCACAGUUGCCAAGUAUCUGUGUGAAAUUUUGCAAUAAUGAAUUGAAGCGCAUCAGCAUGUUCAGAAUAUUCGUUCACGUAAAACGUUUUAAAACCUUUUUGACCAACUAUUUUAACAAUUUGGAGAAGCUCAGAGGUCUGGUGGUAGCCAGUUUUGCCAUAUUUUUCUGUAUUUUCUUAUUUUUCGUAAUCACUUGGGGCUGUGUUGCAAUUCAAGGUGUAGUAUCCAUAACGAAUGGAGAUGGAAAUGGUAUGUUGAGCAGCGCUUUUAAUAGCUUCGCCAACGGAUUCGCCGUAUUCAGAGGCAGAGAACAACAAGCCGGAGUAUACUCGGCUAAAUCGGUAGAGUCGAAUUUCAUGUCCAAGAACCGAAUUCGAAAACUCAUCAUAGAUACCGACGGAGGCGUAGACGAUGCGAUUGCUGUUUUCAUGAUACUAUCGGAGCGUCUAAGGCCGGCUCAAGUUUUAGCUAUUACCACAGUAUUUGGGCAUACGGAUGUAAAAAAUGCCACCAAAAAUAUCUUAAGAACGUUAAAAGUAUUAGAAAAGGAUCGAGAUAUUCCUAUUUAUAUGGGUACUACGGUGGGUAUUUUGAAAUAUCCGGAUGCCAACGAAGAACGCGAAUAUUAUUUUGGUUACGAAGGUUACGGUGAGACUGGUUAUCAGGGUCCAUCCAUUGAUGAAUUACCAAAAUACCACGCAGUAUUAGCCAUAAUCGAUGCCGUCAAAAAAUACCCAGGCGAGGUAACGAUUUUCUGCACCGGACCUUUGACGAAUAUUGCAUUAGCCAUCAGAAUAUAUCCUGAAUUCGUACGCGAUGUGCGGCAAAUUUACAUUUUAGGAGGAAGUGUUUACAGACUCGAUGCUAUGGACACUAGUAACGAAUUCAAUUUUCAACAAGAUCCGGAAGCACUGAAAAUUGUAUUCGAUCCUAGGAUACAGUUGACUCGUAAAAUUUAUUUCGUUUCUUGGGAAAACGUGUCGAAAAUGCAAAUUUCGCUGGACUGGCGCGUUAACGUUUUGGGAAAAAUUAAAAGUCGAAAAAUUACCACCAUAAAUAAACUAGAAGCAAAUUCCAUUAAUAAUACGAAAACGAAUAAAACUAUCAAGCGAUGGAUUUGUCCGAGCGCUGUACUCGCUGCGUAUUACUUGAAACCGCAAGUGAUACCGAUCAAACCGAGAAUAUCUCUUCCUAAGUUUAGCAUUCGCAAAAGAAGUAAUCCUUCCGGCGACGUAGAUUUUAAACCGUUGCCAAAGCUCAAUGAAACGGAGUUCCAAAAUAUCUUAAUCCAAUAUCUCACCUAAUUAUCUUGAUUUCUAGAAAACAGUAUUAUAGGCCAAGCAAUAC